AUGUCACUCCACCCGUCCUUUCGACGCGCAUCCCCUCGUGCCUCGCUUCCCGUCGUCGCGCCGCGCCUCGCCGGUGCUUCCUGUCUCAUCGUGGCGCUUCCCCUCCCCGCGUCACGCCUCCGCUCCUUACGUCGCCUCCCCGCGUCACGCCUCCGCUCCUUACGUCGCCUCCCCGCGUCGCGCCUCCCCUCCCCUCAACGCGCCAGCACCCGCGUCGCGCUGCCCCUCGUCGCGCCUCAUUCCCCCCCUCCGCUUCUCCUUAUCCCCCCCUCCGCAUUAGUUCAUUCCCCCCUCCGUUUCACCUCAUUCCCCCCUCCGUUUCUCCUCAUUCCCCCCUCCGUUUCUCCUCAUUCCCCCCUCCGUUUCACCUCAUUCCCCCCUCCGUUUCUCCUCAUUCCCCCCUCCGUUUCUCCUCAUUCCCCCCUCCUCUUCUCCUCAUUCCCCCCUCCGUUUCUCCUCAUUCCCCCCUCCGUUUCUCCUCAUUCCCCCCUCCGCUUCUCCUCAUUCCCCCCUCCGUUCCUCCUCAUUUCCCCCUCCUCUUCUCCUUAUUUCCCCCUCCACCCUCUCCAAGCCUCCCCAUGCCUCUCCAAGCCUCUCCAUGCCUCACCGUGCCUCUCCAAGCCUCUCCAUGCCUCUCCAUGCCUCUCCAAGCCUCCCCAUGCCUCCCCAUGCCUCUCCAUGCCUCCCCAUGCCUCCCCAUGCCUCCCCAUGCCUCCCCAUGCCUCCCCAUGCCUUCCGAAACCCUCCCCAUGCCUCCCCAUGCCUCCCCAUGCCUCUCCAUGCCUCCCCAUGCCUCCCCAUGCCUCCCCAUGCCUCCCCAUGCCUUCCCAUGCCUCCCCAUGCCUUCCGAAACCCUCCCCAUGCCUCUCCAUGCCUCUCCAUGCCUCUCCAUGCCUCUCCAUGCCUCCCCAUGCCCCUCCAUGCCUCUCCAAGCCUCCCCAUGCCUCUCCGUGCCUCUCCAAGCCUCUCCAUGCCUCUCCGUGCCUCUCCAAGCCUCCCCAUGCCUCCCCAUGCCUCUCCAUGCCUCCCCAUGCCUCCCCAUGUCUCCCCAUGCCUUCCGAAACCCUCCCCAUGCCUCCCCACCGCCUGCACCGCCUGCAUCCUGUCUUGCCCCCAUCAGCAGUCGCCGGCAUGCAUGCUGACGUGGCAGUGAGCGUGCCGGUUUUGUGCAGCGUCAUGCAUGCACAUGGCGGUGGCAGCGUGAGCGGUGUUCUCCCCACUCCAUUCAUCCACGGCUUGCGAUCUCUUCGCAGCGCCAGCGCAGGUGAGGAGGAGAGGCGGACAGGUGAGGAGGAGAGGCGGACAGGUGAGGAGGAGAGGCGGACAGGUGAGGAGGAGAGGCGGACAGGUGAGGAGGAGAGGCGGACAGGUGAGGAGGAGAGGCGGACAGGUGAGGAGGAGAGGCGGACAGGUGAGGAGGAGAGGCGGACAGGUGAGGAGGAGAGGCGGACAGGUGAGGAGGAGAGGCGGACAGGUGAGGAGGAGAGGCGGACAGGUGAGGAGGAGAGGCGGACAGGUGAGGAGGAGAGGCGGACAGGUGAGGAGGAGAGGCGGACAGGUGAGGAGGAGAGGCGGACAGGUGAGGAGGAGAGGCGGACAGGUGAGGAGGAGAGGCGGACAGGUGAGGAGGAGAGGCGGACAGGUGAGGAGGAGAGGCGGACAGGUGAGGAGGAGAGGCGGACAGGUGAGGAGGAGAGGCGGACAGGUGAGGAGGAGAGGCGGACAGGUGAGGAGGAGAGGCGGACAGGUGAGGAGGAGAGGCGGACAGGUGAGGAGGAGAGGCGGACAGGUGAGGAGGAGAGGCGGACAGGUGAGGAGGAGAGGCGGACAGGUGAGGAGGAGAGGCGGACAGGUGAGGAGGAGAGGCGAACAGGUGAGGAGGAGAGGCGGACAGGUGAGGAGGAGAGGCGGACAGGUGAGGAGGAGAGGCGGACAGGUGAGGAGGAGAGGCGGACAGGUGGAGAGAGGACACAUGGGCAGGGAGAGGAGGGACACAUGGAGAGAGAUACUAUGGGGGGAAGGGAGGGCGAGCGAUUGAGGGAAGCAGGGCCGAGAGUGGGGGGAAGCAGACUGAAGCAGUGCGUCGUGGGCUGGUACUGCUCCGUGAGUGGCGUGGCGGUGCGGCUAAAGGGGUUCGCCUCGGGGCGGAUCCAAUCGUAG